UCCUGUGGGCAGGGUCCCCCCAGCUCAGCGCGUCUCUGCAGCGGCGGCUGCAGCGGGUUUGCUCGGAGGAAGUUGACUCUGAAGCACUAAUCGGCCCAUGUGAUCGCCGUGCACCGAGUAGGUGGUUGGUUCUGCCCAGCCCCAGGGCAGAGGAUGGGAAUCCAGCAUGUGACAGAAACAUAUUUUUACUCCACCCCCUAGGACUGGAUUGCCACCGAGCCAGACAGGGAGAUCAGAGCAUCGGCUGCAGCUCUUCACAAGCUCCCCUGACCCAACUGCUUGCCAAGAUGGGAAGGAAACUGGAUCUUUCCAAGCUAACGGAUGAAGAGGCCAAGCACGUUUGGGAGGUGGUUCAACGGGACUUUGAUCUGCGGAAGAAAGAGGAAGAAAGAUUGGAGGACCUGAAAUGCAAGAUUGAAAAAGAGGGCACCAAGAGGGAGCUCUUGUCCAACCAGUCCCACCUCAACGAGACCCACUGCGUCCACUGCCUGCAGCCCUUCAAGUUCCUGGUGAACAGCAAGCGCCAGUGCUUGGACUGCCACUUCUACACCUGCAAGAACUGCAGCCGCUACCACAAAAAGGAGCAAGCCUGGAUCUGCGACCCUUGCCGCUUGUCCAGGAUUGUGAAGAUUGGCUCCCUGGAGUGGUAUUAUGAACACGUGAGAUCCCGUUUCAAGCGGUUUGGAAGUGCUAAAGUGAUGAGGUCUCUCUACGGCAGGCUACAGCAUGGGCAGAAAAUGAAUCCAACGUUGCUAGGUCUUCAUGGCCGAGUUUACAGCUUGCCAGACAUCAACAGUGAGUGCCAGCUGCGUGCCAGCGGCGGGGUGCGCAGUGACAGCGAUGAUGAAGACGACCUUGUGGAUGGUGCCGAAGCUGAGCACUAUACUAGGAUGCGCAAGACAAAGCGCCUGCUGUCUGUUCAUCCUUUUGAUUUUGAACUGGACUCGGAAUAUUCCGCUCAAUCACGCCGUCAAUCUGUGCAGCUUUCUCAAACUCCGGUCAACCAGGAUGGCCACCAGUCAUUCCCAGACUUCCCAGAUGCCGGUGAGGACACCUCCCGGAAGGAGACAAUGAUCGCUGAAGCAGACCUGGCUGCAGUGUUCCACCAGAUCCUUCAGGAGCAGGGACAACAUAUGACCCCUCCAGAGCAGGAGUUUAGCACCGAGGUCCGGCUGACAGUGAACUCACGAAGGAAGAGCCUGGAAAGGAAUCCCAAACCCGGCAGCCCAUGGACCGAGCGGCACCGACCCCAGUACUCAGCGGAUAUGGACACCUCGGAUGAGGACGUAAAGGGAGCCCAGAAGAUACCUGUCUACCAGCCCCAUCACGUGAAACGCCGAAACAGAGCCUCCUCCCAGGAGAAUAUAAACCACUCUGGAAAUCAGAUAUUUGAACUCAACAAACGCAUGUCAGCUAUUGAGCGCAUGCUGAACCGUCUGGAGGAAAGAAUCCUGGUGCACUCAGAAGAGUCUCCGGCCCCUGGGUCCCACACCGAUGCAGAUGUGGAAGAGGAGGAAUUGAAGAGGAAGUUGGAAGAGUUAGCCAGCAACAUCAGCGACAAAGGAGUUUCGUCUGAGGAAGACGAGGAAAAGAAGAAGGGUGAACCAAAACCUGAAAUGAGCUCCCCCAGGAGUGACCCACCCAGUGAUGCUCAGAAGGUCUGCGCGACUGCUGGGAAGACAUCCGGGCUGGACCAAACCCCGAGGGACCUAGAGGAACGUGCGCGGCAUAGCGGGACCACAGACUCUGAGCUGUCAGAGCUGGAGGACAAAGUGGCAUCAGCGGCCGUGCAGAUGCAGCGUGCUGAGAGCGAGGUUUCCGAUAUAGAGUCUCGAAUCGCAGCCCUGAGCGCUGCUGGGCUGACGGUGAAACCAGUGGAAAAGCCAAAGAAGAAAUACAGCACACAGCUGUUUAUGCUCCAGCCUCCCAGGAACGCAGGUAGCAGCCCAGGAGAUCAAAGUACGGACUCUUCAGAGAUGGCAUUGCCAGAUGACUUCAAAGUAAUAUCUAUGCCACAGGUGUUAAGGAGAAAAUUCAACAGUUCCCUUGAAAUUGCUGACGGCGACGAAUCCUUUGAUCGAAACUCCAUUUACCGAGGCUCUUUGACACAGAGGAACCCCAACGGGAAGAACAGGAAAGCAGAUCGCAUCUUCGCGAAGCCUGUGAUGACCCAUCGACCUUGAAGAAGAUGGAGCCUCCCGACACUGCAAUUUUACUAACAAUGCCCGGCCUCAGCUCAGAGCUUCACCUUUAUUUCCCUCAACACAUUCUCCAAAGGGCUGGACAGAGAGGAGGAGGCAGUCCCGUGGGACAGGGAAAUCCUGCCGAGUUGUGCUGACAGAGCUCCGGCUCCACCUCGCUACUCAAGCAACCAAGUCCCAAUAAGAAUCUUGCUGCCUGUUGCUGACAGGGAUUUCCAGCCCACCGUGUCUGGCAAAGCAGCCCCAGCUGUCACACCACACACCCACUAGGUCUCUUCCGCAAGUCUCCAUUGUUGUGAAACUAGGGCAUCUGUCUGCAUUUGAAAGCAGCGUUGUCAAGGCUGGUAGCUGUGAGAGUUAACUCAGGGGGCCAUAUACAUGCUGGGGGAGAUUUAGGUUGGAUAUUAGGAAAAACUAUUUCACUAGGAGGGUGGUGAAGAACUG